UUUUUUUUUCUUAGGACGCCUAGCCUGCUGCGCGCCCAGUCACCUCAUUCUGAAAAUGCAGCCACGUCGUCCUUUCCUGUCAGGUUUGCUCUUUCAGCUUCCCGGCAUAGCCAGAGGAAAUUUGGCUAUCCCGAAAACAUCAUCUGCAACAAAUUCUAUUGCCUUCACUCGCGCCUUUCGAUCCUCCGCACCGCACACGUCAAUUCUCCAGCGGCGGGCGAUCUUCCCUCAAUGGAAGCAGGCUCACGGUACUACUAGCGGCACCAUACUUCCUUAUUUUUACCGGCCUCAACAACCAUUCCGCCGGUUCUUCCAGUCGUCCCGCGCAAGACACGCGGCGCAAACACCAAAAUCAGGCGCUUCACUGUCGCAGCGGUUGCGUAACCUGUCGAAAGAGUAUGGCUGGUCCGCCUUGUGGGUGUAUUUGCUAUUGUCGGCCAUGGACUUUCCGAUUUGUUUCGCCGCUGUUCGUCUGCUGGGCGUAGAGCGAAUCGGCUACUAUGAGCACGUCAUCUUUGAGUCUGUCAAGGGGGCUGUGGAUGCUGUCUGGCCGAGCAAGCAGGGUGCCAAUGCAGACUCGGAACAGGACAAGAGCUUGACAACCGACACGGAUACUCGGGAAGGUGCGGCACAGGCGCAAGGUAACGGCGAAAAUGCUAGUCUAUGGACACAACUUGCACUUGCCUACGCGAUUCACAAGAGUCUCAUCUUUAUUCGAGUACCCUUGACAGCAGCCAUUACCCCUAAAGUUGUCAAAGCUCUGCGACAGUGGGGUUAUGAUAUUGUCAAAGGCAGACCGAGGGGCAUGUAAGAUCCUGCGAUUUCUUGUGAACAUCAGUCGGACUGGCGGAUACACACAAGCAUCCACCGUUUUCUUUGCUGCAUAGCGUUCGGUCAUGCUAGUCAUGACAUGAUAGAUAAUUGUACACUAUUUGGUAUAUUUAAUUAUUUGGGACAGAAGAUUCCACACCUCAAACAUUGAGGAAUCAACAUUCACGUCAGAACCUAGCCACCAACGAAAGUUGACUCAGAGAUGUGAAUGAGAAGGCACCAUAGGCGAUGGGUUUCAUGCAGACAACCACAACAAGUAAGGCAGAGAAA